AUGGCAAACCGCAUCCCCUACUUCUUCUACGCACCGACGUGGGACUUCCCGCCAGGCGGCCCCAUUAGAUUGGGCAACGUGAUAGCAUCGGUCAAGACCCCCGAGCUGCCGCUGUAUACGGCCCAGCUGCUUACCGAGGACAAGUUGUACUCGACUGAGAAGCGCGCAGUCGAGUUCUCGUACGAGAAGCUGCGCGACGGCAGGUUCUCCAUUGUCACUAGGAUCAUGACCUUUCUUGGCAUCGGAUUCGACGUGAGCCCAAGCGGCAGCAAGGGUAAUGUCGAGACACUGGCUUUCGACAGAAUCGAGACCACACAAUUUUCUCCGCGGGAGGAUUUCGUUAAGAGAUGUGUCGAGGCUGGGCCUGUGCGCCGCUUUCUGGAAAAGUCCCGCUACAGAAAACCUGUCUAUAUCAUUACUGGGCUAAAGGUUGUCACAGGCGCUAAAGCCGAGACCAUUAAGUCUGCAUCCUUUGGUGGCAGUUUGGGGUUAGAUAUCGAUGCUACUCUCUGGAGCGGAGGCGUAGUUCCCGUGAGCGGGGGCCCUUCAAUUUCUGGGACCAUAUCACAGAAGCAAGGCACGCUGUGGGAGGGGAGCAGUGACUUUGUUCUGGCGUACAGGGUGCGGAUGGUGAAGGUAAGCAAGAAGGGCAGAGUGGGCCGUAGUGAGGAUUACAAGACGGGUGCCAUGCUUGAUGAACAUGAUUGUGCGGCGAUGGAGCUGUCCACUCCAUUGCCGCUUGAGAUUGAUAUCUCGGCGGAGGAUGUGAGUGUGAGUGAGGAAGAUGACAGCUUUGCGAUGGUAGAAACAAUGGAAGACGAGCAGCUCAUCGUAUGUGCUAUACCAAAAUCUUUGGACAAACAAUAG